AUGGCACUCUUUCUGAAGCCCUCUACGAAGUCUAUUCUGAUUCUCGAGAACAUCGUCGUCCGAAAAAAAAACUGCAAAAAGUUGAGACAUUUCGAGUGUGAAACAUACGUAGACUACCAUGUCAAUCGGGAACCAACGUAUUCAAUAUCGUAUCACGAUAUUGUCCAGCUGGAAUUGCAUUCGAUUGCCGAGGAGCUUGAUGAGGUCUUUGUGGAUUAUUGUGAUGACGUCCGCGCCCGGCGUGUGCUCCUUUUCCAACUGUAUACUCGAAUUGGGAUGUCUGGAAAUGUAUGA